AUGGUUGAGGACUCUCGAGAGCCCAGUUCCUCACAGGAGCCUGGCAGCCAUCUCCCCGCCAGCAUCCCGAAUACCGACCCGAAAAAGCCAAAGCAUGACUUCCCGCAAUCGCAAGUUGGAAAGUUAUGGGAUGCCUUUGGCAACCCCGAAGAACCCGUGAACGCCCUCGCCAAUGCAUCGUACAAGCCCCGGGGUAAAGACCCGAAGGAUGUCUCAUACUCCGAUGUUGUCGGCACAGUAUCCAUGUCCGAAAUCUCAUCAUUCUACAAAGCACCAUGCGCACGUGAAUCUCUUUUGACUGGAAUUGGUGCUGGAUUUGGAAUCGGUGGUGUACGAGCUGUCUUUGGAGGAAUGCGUUCAUUAUGGUCCGCCGGAAAUUGGGCGGUUGGAGUGUUCGCAGUCACCUCUCUAGGAGCAUACGAGUUCUGCCGACGACGCCGGAUCCAAGAACUGCACGGCAUGAAAGAAGCCGUCGAACUUAUGAAGGAACUGAAGGAGAAGAAACAACGGGACAAGGAACGAGCCGCUGCAGAGGCGGCCCGGAGGGCAGAGGAGGAAAGGCAGAAAAAGAGUUGGACAAACCUCUCCAACUACAAGUUCUGGUAG